AUGAAGGUCGAUCAACUUGCUCAGCCGAUCCAGAACAUUUCGGCUUGUGCUGAACCUACCGCGGAAGCAUCUCCUUUGACGAUGCUCGAUCUAACCAAGUUUAUUCCAUUUGUUUUGCCACUCCUGAACCUGGGUCUAGCCUUUCUGCAGCAGAGCACGUCUGGACUGCCCUCGGCCCUCUUGUCGAUAUUUCAUAUCUUCAGCAACCCAAUUGAUGCCCUCUGGAGUAUUCUUUGUCGGCAAGAGGUCAUUCGUCGAUGCGUCCUUUUUUCCACAAGCCAUGUUCCAGAUGUUGGUCGCGAGUUUGCUGCCGUCUUAUCCACCUACGACCAGUGGCUGCAAGAUGCUCAGCCUCACGUUCUGCGGGCGCUGACAAACCGGCGGCAUUUCUUGCAACGAAGCAGCCUAGACGGCACCCUUCUAAUCACCGAGGAGGAAAAGCUGUUGAUGCGACGUGCAGCACUAAGGCUACGAGGCUGCCGUCCCGAUAGCUUCCUGCACACUCGAUUCUCUAUCGCUUCAUACCUCGGCUCGCUUGCCAUCGUGGCAUGCAAAAUCCUGCGGUCGAACGAUGGACAUGUGCAGCAGGAAGCUGGACACAUUCUCUCACUUGUUGCCAUCUUCAGCCAUCUUAUCUUCGCCGUUUGCAUCAACGGAUAUGUGGGAGCUUUCUUAUAUCAAGAAGAGGCCGUGAGAAUCAUAUUCGACCUCUGUGAAGCUCUGGGAGCACUUCACAGCAGUCCUCUGCAUGCCUUCCAGCUACUACCACUACCGCUCUUGGAUCCGUAUCUCGGCGAACCUGUGGUAAUCACCACGACACCCGGGGCAUUUUUCAGGAAAUAUGCAGCCCUCGGCGGUGCUUCUGGGACGCUCAAUUCUUUGCGUCUGCAUGAACCGGCAACCCCCAUCGACAACGAAGGGAGACCCAGCUCGGCUCUCCUCCUCAUAUCGAUAUGCGCCGCAUUCCUCUCGUUCCAAGGUGCCAUCGCGAUUCCUUUGUUGACACCCACUCGAAAGACUGUGCUUGAGUUCCUUCCUUUCGGAGGCUGUUUUCUUGUUUGGCUCAUCAACUGGCUUUUGUCCAUUGGCAUCUCAUGGCUGUUCUCCAGGAAGUCGCUGAAGCUCGCCACAUACACUUAUAUUAUUACUGGCAGUGAUGUUAUCUUCACAGUCCUCAUUCUGGGUUGUUUUGGGUGGUCUUUGAGCAACUGGUCUGGAACCGUCGUGACUACACCGACAGUGAGCACGAUGACGAUUAUCACAUGGUUCGUUGUCAUGUUCACUUUACUUGGAGCCAUGCUUCUGUUGGUUCUCUGGGUGGAUUUUGGACGGGAAAAUGCGAGACUGGUGUACGUGCGGUCGCUGGAAGAAGCCUUAGCGGACAGCGACGCCAUCUCCAUGACUGUGACACGGCGGCUCAGCGUGUAG